CUACAGUCCGCUCCCUCGCGCAGUGGCAUGGCAUCCAUCCUGCACAUGGCGAAAGUUGGAGGAAAAGUUUCGAAGCGAUGAUAUUUAAACACAAAAAUAAUUGUAAAGCGAAUUAAUGCUUUUAUCCGACGGGCAGUGGAGAAAUUCUUCAGUUAGGCGACCGCUUGUAGCAUAUAGUUAAAAAAACAAACAACCUCAAUAUGAAAUCAGAAUUGACAUAAUCAUAACACGAUUAUUUUCGCUUGCCGUCCGUUUCGCUCUCGCUAAUGUAGAUGUUUGUGCAAGACGCCCGUGCCUCCGCGCUGCCGCUCAUUCAUCCGGCUGAGGAGAGGAUCGAGUCCGCGUCCGAGGACACAAUGAAGCAGUGUGUCCUUGUCCGACACAAUGCAACAAGAUGCUACGAAGAGGACGAAUCUGUUUUUCACAAGAUUAGCGACGUUUUUGCUCGAUUGCAGAGAGGGACCAGCUAAAGAAUGAAGCUUUAGCCUCUGCAUGACAAGCUAUGACCAACACACAGACUAGGCUCUAGACGUCCAGUUACAAAGCCAGGACUCAAGAAUGAAGACCAAAUAUGCAAUUGUCUUCAUCUGUAUUGUGGCCCUGGUCAUCAUUGAAAAGGAAAGCAACAUCCUAUCAAGGGUCUCUGAUAAGCUGAUCCAGAGGCAGAUUCCACAGCAGACCCCACAGACUUCACUGGAUUACAGCAACACAACACAAAAUGGCUCCUUGACGAUGCUCAAAAUGCUGCUCUCUAAACUCUUUGGUACAAAAAGGAAUUACUCAGAGGAGCAAGAAGAAGAAGAACUAGAGGAUUUAGGCAGGUACAGCUUCAGCAGUGCCCGUAAGCACAUAUUACUCUUGGCCACCACACGAACAGGUUCCUCAUUUGUGGGUGAAUUUUUUAACCAGCACGGGGAGAACAUGUUCUACCUGUUUGAGCCUUUAUGGCACGUUGAGCGCAUGCUGACCAUGGCCUCAGAGGCAAACAACGGGACAGUGUUGGCAGGAAUUUACCGGGAUGUACUCCAGGCACUCUUCCUGUGUGAUUUCUCUCCCCUUGAGAAGUUCAUCUCUCCUCUUCCUCAGGACCACGUCACCCCAGCUCUUUUCCGCAGAGAGUCUAGUCAUUCGCUCUGUGAAGAAUCUGUCUGCAGUCCUGUAAUCAAAGAUGUUUUUGAAAGGUAUCACUGUAAGACUCGUCGCUGUGGGCCACUGAACUUGACCCUUGCAUCUGAAUCCUGCCUUUCCAAGCAACACCAUGCCAUUAAGACUGUCCGUGUGCGCCAGCUGGACACAUUGCAGCCUUUGUUGGAGGAUCCACGCCUGGAUGUGAGAGUGAUCCAGCUCGUCCGAGAUCCACGGGCCAUCUUAGCAUCACGCAUGGUAGCUUUCUCUUCAAAGUACCAGACGUGGAAGGCCUGGGCGCAGGACGGCCAGGUGCCCGAAGAUGACGAGGAAGUGAAAAGGCUCAGAGGAAACUGCGACCAGAUAAGGAUGUCUGCAGAGGUCGGACUGAGCCAACCUCGCUGGCUGAGGAGACGCUACAUGUUGGUGCGUUACGAGGAUAUUGCCCGCUACCCCAUGCAGAAAGCAGAGGAGAUGUACAGGUUCACAGGGAUUCCAUUUAGUCCCCAAGCUAGGGAAUGGAUUCUAAGAAACACCCAGACCACACAGGGAGCUAGCGGGAUUUAUUCCACCCAGAAGAACUCAUCUGAGCAGGCAGAGAAAUGGAGAUUUAGCAUUCCCUUCACACUGGCUCAGGUAGUGCAGAGAGUGUGUGGACCUACUAUGGAGCUGUUUGGGUACAGGUUUGUGGAUGAUGAAAAGACGCUGAUGAAUAGGUCCAUUAGUUUGCUUGAAGAUAAACUAUUCCAUUAAUAGAAAGGUCAACACUGUGGCUGUAGUUAUGGAUCUGCAAAAUGCUGCGAACGUUGGAUCGGAGCCAGGAGAAGCUAUUAUUGCACAGACCAAAACUAGUAAGCAAAGGUGCCAUAAAAGACACAAAAUGUUUUACUGGUGACGGUAAUAUUUGGGCCAUACAAAACAUUCAUACUCACCAAUGAUGUGCCAAAUUGUUCUGACAAAAGAGCCACUUAAAAAGGGAAGUAUUUAUUUGUAAAUUAAAUAAGCAUAGAUGUCAAGCCUGACUUAUGAGAGAUUCUAAUGUAAGAUUGUAUUAAUAGAUGAUCAUGUUUAGACUUUCAGGGAUAAAGUGAUGCAUGCGUUGUUUGUCUGUGUGUGUCUGAAAGAGAAUAUGUUUCUGUUCAUAGGGUUUAUGACCUGCUUAAUUCUGCCUAGUUCAACCUGUAUUUUGAUAGAUCUAUAGUCCACUAGGCAACUGAUAGAAUUAUUAUAUAUUAGACCUGAUGUGCUUUCAUAGGGCUUUACAUAUCCGACUCAGGUGAAGUGAAUUUGGCAUUGCAUUUUGUGUGUCUUCAUGAGGAGCAUUCAUAUCCCUGCCAAAGCAUGCUGUGUGAAAAUACACAAUGAUAUUUGAUGUACUUAACCAAUUGCUAUUUAAAUAAAUUCUCAAGAUACCAUAAACAAAGAGACCAAUUAAGAUGGAUAUAUAAUACUCAUGAGGAUAUAUAAAAUGAGUAGCGAAAGAAGACUUAUAUUCAUUUUCAGAUACCUACAUUGUAUGUCUUCAAGUGUUGCUUUUGCCAGUAGCCAACUCAUAAAUUAAAUCCCUAGAAAAUAUAUGUAAAAUUCUAAAUACUCAUCCUUUAAAGUUAUUAGUUGUGAGAUGUAUGUGUAUGGAUGUUUUUGUUGAAAAACUAUAAGACGUAUGUAAAUGUAUUAAUGUGGCCUAUGACUUUAAGUGAAACCCAGGUGCUGUUGCGUUAACUGUCACUCUUGAUGGUAUAUAAAGGUAUCCACUGUGGCGCUAGUUCAAUGGCAGCAUUGUGUUCAGCUUGGCUGAGGCACUGCUGAAACUGCUGUGCUGCUGAUGGAAAGGGAUAUGCAUUACAGGUACAUAUAGUAGGGGGCUUAUACUAACUUAGUGUUGAAAAUAUAAAUGUGAAUACAUUAUGACUGACAGGCUGUGAGUUGUCCAACCUCACUAUUGAAGCAUUAAAGUAAAAAGGGAACACUGUAAAUGUGCAGCUGAAAACAUGGGUGUAGUCAGUUUAUGCAUUCAACUGAUGCCAAUACCCAGAAUGGCAAUAAAGUUCAUAAAUAUGUAUAUGAAUGUAAAAAGUUCAACCUUUAUUGACAACUGAUGUUACUGUCAACUUGAAUUAAUCUUUUACUAGUGGAAAAAAGUAUCAAAACAUCAAUAGCAGAGCUGUUUUAAAGUAUUGUGGCAAAUCUCAAUUAUUGUCAAAGCAAGUCUUAAUUCAAGUCUCAGUUCCUUAAGGAAAAGUCACAGUAUAGCCACAACUCUCUGUCAUUUAACUGCAAGUUAGUUGCAUUUCUUUCAGGUCUCUGAAUGAUUAUAAAAGGCCAUGGUAUUUAAAGUUUUUUCUUCCAAAGCUCUCAGACUGUCAUCAGUGACCUUUACAUAGCCGAGACCAAGUCCUGUCAAAGCAUAGGCCUAAUAAGUACUUAAGUACUAUUUAAGUACUCAAGUAGCGUGGCUAUGCAAAGCUUGAUUUUACCAGGACUCAAAACCUGAGACAUAAAUAUUUUGCUUCUUCAGGGAGUAAAGUCUCAAGCCCUCAUUUUUUGUGACGUAAAUCUGACUUAAGUCAGUCGACAGCUCUGGUACACAAACGGAAACAGUUGAAUAGGUUGUCAAAGUUAUGAUUCUCUUCAUAAACUUGAUGUGUUUACAGUUACAACUAAGUUACUAUCAUAUAUUGUUUUUCUUGAUGAAGAAACCAAGGGCCAAAGCACAGAUUAUAUUUAGCAACUAGAAAUGUAUCACACAGAUGUAAAUGUUAGUUUCUUAUAUUGAAAUAGUAAUUAAAAUGAUUUUGUUGCUGUGCUUUGAAGCUAUGAAGCCAUCAGUAUUUUCUUAAAUGUGUAAAUGCUUCUUGUGUCAAACAUUAGAUCAUUAUUUUCAGCAGUUCAAGGAUACAAA